AUGAGCAAUUGCUUUCCCGCGAGUGGGCCAAAUGAGCCUGCUCAACUGCGCGUACUCCAAUCGCCAGCGAUGACACCCGGCGCUGAGGGUGGAUACUAUACCAGAGGAGGAAAAGCCCCUGUUUCGCCGCCUCCCGCGAAGGCGCAAUCGCCUCGAUUCUGGCAACGUCGGCGGCAUGAGAAAGGUCACGGCCGUGAAACUACAUAUACCCCCAUCGACACUGGCGCGCUGAUUGGCCCCAUGUCACCGCCGGUCGGUGCAAAAGACGAGCCUCUGAACAUUGUCAUUCUCGGUGCAUCAUUCGGCGGUCUCUCAUGCGCUCAUCACUUCUUGGAUUACACCAUUGAGAGGCUGGGCAUCAGUUCUGCUGCUCCAAUUAUCGCUUGA